AUGUUUCAACGCAGUUGUUCGAAGUUGCUUUUCAAUUUGCCAGGAACCAAAGACUUGGAUCAAGCGAUUGAACAUAUUCGCAAUACAACAAAAUGUCUAUGCGUACCAGACGAAUGCCAAAAGAAUGUCGGGACAACAAUUUCUGUUGUUGUUGUAUCGACGUUGAAAAUGCGUGAAGGUGAAACUAGUCCGGACAAAGUACUGGAAGCAAUGAAAAAGUUUGCUGAUGAAGUUCGUAGAAGGCAAAGACGAGGAAAGUGUGACGACGACAUUCUAAUAGCUGUAUCUGUUGACCAGAAAGCGAUACGAACGUCGUAUGGCUCACCUGUAGCCGAAAAAAUUAGUGACGGUCUUGACAUUCAAAUAAUUCACAAUGCAGGUCAACCUCUAGCACUUUUUGUUGACUUCAAUGGACAAAAAGUACGACUGAUUGUACAGAUACUUGAUCUGUUUUUGAAAUCACAUCGUGUACAUGUUUUAGAGGCUGAUUUUCGCAAAAAUGAAUGGGCUAAAGGUUUGGUGAAUAUGGUCCUGAAUUACGGCAAAGCGCUAAAAGGAGAAGCGGUACCCGGAGAAGAAAGGCAUAAUUGGUACGAUGAAAUACCCAUUUGGGCGCGGAUCACUAUACUGGCUGCUCUUGGAUUACUUCUCUCCAUGAUCAUUCUUGCAUUAGUGAUCUUCUGCUGCCGCCGGAAUCAGGGUUAUACAAUGGGUCAUCGGAGUGACGGAAGCCAUGAAUAA